CGUAAAAUGUGGAAGCAGCAUCUUUUCACGGUUUUUCUCUAUGGAGUCAUUAUUUUUAAUGCCGCAAUGGUAGUGCUUAAACAUAUUUACUACAGAAGCUCUUCAUCGUUGCUCACAUGCGAUGGUUCAGACAGCAUUCUUGGUAUACCUGCUGAACAGUGUCCGCUGAAAGCUUUAUCGAGUUACUGCACUAAGAGAGUAUUAGAUGGCGUGAACAUAAGGCAAGGACUUGUUCUUGGAAAGGAAAGAAAACAGAAAGUUUUCCUCACUGUCGGCAUUGUUGGAACUAAAGGCGAAGAGAGUAACCUGCUACAAGCUCUCUAUUCCUUGACAAAACACAUUUCAACAGAGGAGCAUGUCGACAUUGUGUUCGCUGUGGUUUUCGAAGGAGAUUCCAAUUCACUUCUUUUACAGCGCAUCAAAAGCGAAUUUGAACAAGAACUGGACAAAGGUCUUAUUCAAGUCUUACAUCCAACGCGAGAAUUUUACGAGGCAGUCAACAUAGAACCCGCGGGAUGGGGUGAUUUGACAGUAACGGAGGCUUUAAAAAAUAAUACAAUGGCCUUCAACAAAAGAUUGUGUUUUCUCCUCGAGUACUGCUUCCGUUCGUCAAAGCACUGCUUGCUUUUGACCGAUCAAGCCCGAGCUUUGAAACCCUAUUUGCCGGUAAUCAAGGAAGUUGUAAACAAAAUCGAAGAGAAAAACCUUACAUUUUACGCACACGAUUUCGGAGAACGAUCGCUGCCCUCCUUAGGACGGCUUUAUUCUGAGGCUUUGGUCGGUGACUUGGCUGACUAUGCGGCUCUUUUCCCCGGCGGUCGUCUCCCUCAAUCAAUCGUAAAUGUCUUUGCAAAUCUGAGAAUGUCGUGUCCAUUAACUUCUCAGGAAGGUGGUCAGUUCCUAUUUAAAAUGGCUAUAGAGCCACGCGGCUCAAAACCAAGGGCUGAGUUUGAAACAACUAUCAAAUGUGAAGGAGGUCAUGAAAUAGAAAAAGCUUUCAUUCACGAAAGCUUUGCUUGGCUCCAAACACCGAAAAAGGAUGAUAAAGUUAUAGUGAAAUUCGUAUCACCUUUUAAAAUUUCGCGCGUGCUUGUAGCCACUGGAAGUCCUUUUUAUAGUGAUAUGAUGAUUAACAGCGAACUCUCACUAUGCGCAAAUAAUAUGGAAACAAACACUUGCGAUGAAUCACAAUGCAAGGUAGUUGCGUCCUUCACAGAUCCCGUUUUAGAUGUUAGAAACUUAGAAACUGUCGUGAACUUUUUUGUAAAAUGCUUAAAAAUUCAUUUUAUUGCAGACGUUAAGCGAUGGGUUAUGAUACGAGAGAUUUCAGUUUGGUCAAGAGUAUACGAGUAAUUACUUGGUCAGACUAACCAUUGUAAAAAGGGCUGUAAAUCUGCACGAAUUGAUUGAUGAAAUGUACAAGGCCAGAGUCCAAGUAAAACUCGAGAUGUGAUCGUGAAAACUUUUGUCAUUGGGUUUGACUUUCCCCAAAAUUUGAAGGGGAGCCAUACGCACAACUUGAAACCCACUUUUACGUGUAUUGCGCGUUU